CUGAACGCGUCCUCCAGGUGGCGCAACAUUCGAGGAAAGCGGCGCAUUGUUUGAAAAUAUUGUUUAAAUAUAUUUUAAACUAAAAGCACUGAAAAUGGUCCCUGUUUUUGAUGUGAUACGAGCAUUAGCUCUCGUGGUAGGGUUUGCAGUCAGUCAAGUGGACAGGAAGACUGCUAUGUUUGCAGAUAUGGUAUUCACAUCAUGGCUCGGAGUCGGAACGAUCCUCUUUCCACAAUUUUUCAUGGGUCAGCAGCUGUACAGUGACAAAACUAUCAAGGAUCCGGAUAAUAUCUUAAUGUACCGCAUGUUUGGUGUCAGUAUUUUGGCUCCCAUGUUGAUGUGGUACUCCUGCAGAAAGUCCAGAGAUGACAGUGUCAUUGGAGCUAUGCUUUGGUCAAGAUCAUUGGGGUUGUUCCCACUGCUGAUGGUGCUGCUGUACGGACACUUCACCUACUCCAAGACUUUCAUCGACCGACACAUGUGGUUCUUCAUUCUGUUUGUUGGCUGUAUCUGGGUGUCCAAUGUUAUCCAGCUGAUGAGAACAAAACCAUCUGUUGGUAGACGAGAACAGAAGGGACCAGUCAGUGUGAUUCUACGACUUGAUUUCCUUAUUCUGUUUCUUGUAGGAUUGGGAGGAAUGGCUUUCCCCAAGCAAGCACUUAGUUUUAUAAUAUUUGAACCAAAGAACUUCCAGCUGCACUUGGAGCGUAUGUCUGCUGCCGUUGCAUUCAGUCAGAUUUUCCUGGCUUGGUUUGCCCCAAGUUUCAGAGAUAAUGAAGACAGGAGGAGACUUUUCUGCAUGCAACUUACGGGACUGUUUCUUACCCUUGGAUGUUGGGCUUGUGCCUUCUAUGAUGGGACGCUCAAUGCUGAACGGUUAAGGGUGUGUCUGUUUUACUGUAUACCCUCUGUGCUGCCUGCUGCUGGUCUCUACUACUUGUCUGAGGAAAAUCAGUCCUUGACGUCCAAGACAUACUUCACAAGGUCAAAGGCAUCGUAGUGUGACAACGAAAGCUUGCAGAUGUAUGUCUCCCCACCUUCCUGCUUCAGUUUCUGAAUUUGACUGUUUUGUAAAUCCCCAUGUGCAUGUUUGAUAAUGAAUCAAAGUGAGAUGUUCUGGAGUGGAAUGUGUGUAGGAACAAAUACGUUUAUGUAGAUUGAUGGCUGUUCUUUCUACAGAAGUCUUGCAUUCACUUCAUUUGUGAACUCUAACUAACAAAUGGAACAUUGUAAUCAUUCUAAAAAACUUCAAUUAAGGUGAUAGAAAUCUGAGGGAGAUAACUCUAAGUCUGGAAGGAAAAUAUCUGAGGGAGAUAACUCUAAGUCUGGAAGGAAAAUGGAAAUUUUAGUACAUAGCUUUAUACAUUUAUGUUCAAAUAACUAUAAAUGCAUAUAAAGUAAGUUAUAUUAGAGAUUUGAAGUUAGUUAAUAUAAGUAAAUAUCAUUCAUUCUUCAUUGGGAGACAAACAACCAAACCUGGUGCUAUUUUAAGUAGCAUCAGUAUGAAAAGGCAGCAUUCAUUGUUCUACAAGUGCAAUUUUUUAUAUUCUGGGGACAUUUUUUUUCUGUAAAUAUGUACACUGAUUUUUUUUUACAAUCUUUACACUUUUUGUUGUCUGCCCUGAUAGCCCAGGUAGUUAAUUCAUAGUUGACAUACACCUACAAGGUAACAUGCCUGGAUUGUCACAGUUGUUUCUAAUUUCUGAUGACAGAUAGCAGGUAUAUCUGCGGGGGUGAUACAUAGCCUCAUGAAAUUGUUAACUUUUGAAGGGUGUGUGUUUUAACAUAUUUUUUUAGCCGUAGGAGAUUUAAAUGCGUGAUAUAACCACACAAAGUGCAUUGUAUGUUCUCUGUUCUGAUCAGUGCUGCCAAUUACAUGAUCUGUGUGCAGGCAUCAAUUUGUAAAUAAAAGAAUCAUAUUCAUUUACUUUUAAUAUAACUGAUCAAGUACAUUUUAACAUGAUAUUACUUAGUUUGACAUAUAAUGAAAUCAGAACAUGUUGUUCUUUUAUACCAUUAGCCUGGUAGGUACGAAAAGGAAAACUUUUUUCUUACUGAAUGUUUCAAGAGUAUAUACUUCAAUUGAAGUUAAAUUAGUUGUAUUGCUCUUUUAAGAUAGAGUAUACAUGGUCUUGUUAUAUCAGGUCUCCUUUCAGAUUGUCCAAGUAAAUAUUAACAAACAGUAACAUGAACAUUUGAUUUUCACAGCUACAAUGUAUUUGAUGACAGAUAAUUGUGGUGGUGAAGUCACCUGAAGUUUACUUAGUAGGAGUAAAUGCAAUGUGUUAUAAUGUAUUUGUAUCCAUUUAUCAACCUCAUCCAGUUUGUAUCAGAGAUACAUGUAUGAAAUCAUUUUGACAAUUUUGCUAUAUUUUUUAUCAAAUAUAUUAUACAAUGGUGUAUCUGAUGCAAUAAAGGAUUAGUAGAUUUGUGA